AUGGCGGCCGUGCCCGUUGGAGCUCCUCCGCCGGCCAAAAGGAAAAAGGAGGGCCCCGAUUGCCUGGAAACCUCGCCGGUCCCUCCGGCCAUGGUGGGCGCAGACUGGUCCUCGCUCCCAUACGACCUCCUCCGCCGCAUCGCUGACACCCUCCUGGACACAAACGACGUGGACUGCUACAUGGACUUGCGGGCCGUCUGCCGCCACUGGCGCUCCACCACCGACGACCCCCGGAGCGACGCCACCGACCCCCGCUUCCGCCCUCGCCAGUGGAUCGUCCUCGACGAGGUCUUCCCGAGCGACACGCGCCGCCUCUUGGUCAACACCUCCAGCGGCCGGUGCCUCCACAGGGAGCUCCCGCAGCUCCGCGACCACCACGUCGUCACCACAACCCUCGGCGGCUUCUUCGUCCUGUCCGACAAGAGCCCUCCCCACGCAGCUCGUGUCUUCAACCCUCUCACCGGUGGCCUCAUCCGCUUCAAUGCUCCCGUGCCUCCCGAGAGAAAGGUUACCGCCGCCGUCUGCUUCGGCAUGGCUUCGCCCAUGCUUACCUUAUUGUGUGACUCGUCUCGCAAGCAUUACACGCCGUAG